UCGUCAGGCGGCCGGCCGCGUGGUUUAGACACACUUCUUACGGCUCGCCACAAGUAUUUGUCAGUGUGUCACUAUAAUUGAUUUCUAUCAAAAAGGGAUGAUUAUGAAUACAGCCACUGGAUUAAUCUGUAUUGUGGCCUGUUUCUAUCAAGCAAUGGGCCUUAAAGUUACUGGAUACGUCGGCCAGUCGGUUGUCUUAAAAACAGGGGUGGAUCCAUCAUUAGUUCACCUCUCCAGAAUUCAGUGGUCCAUCUACCCCAACACUUCCAUUAUAGUCGUCUGGGAUUCAGGGGACCUUAAAGAACCUUUCUGGAGACAUAAGGGCCGUCUUACGCUCAACAUCUCUACAGGUGAUUUACAGAUCAAAAAUUUAAGGGUGGAUGACAGCCUGACGUACACAGUGUCGUUGUUGACUGAAACCACCGAUCAGACCGAAAUACAGUUCGAGCUCGUAGUUCAAGAACACCUAAGCAAACCAGAUAUAGCAGUGCUCUUCAGUUCUCUGGUUAAAGAUACCUGUAUAAUUGCACUGAGGUGUUCUAUAGCUGAAGCUGGCAUUACUCUUUCCUGGGCACCUCCGGAUGGAUUCGACCAGCCUUUUUGGAACAGCAAUAACACCAAUAACUCCUCAGAACUAUGGACUUCCAUAAAACCCCACACAAACAUCACCUUCACCUGCAAUGCUUCUGACAGCAAUCGUAAAGCGUCGAGUCAGAAAGUCGUACAGUGUCAAGAAGAAGAACCCAAGGAUAGUCCACAGUUUUUAAGACAUCGUUACGGGAUUAUCUUUGCUCUACUUUUCUUCUGCAUCACUAUUCUAUUAUUUAAAGUGCAUGCUCCCCCCAAGGCCAUUCUCCAUGGUGGAGAAAAGAGAGAAGCUGUUACACCUUAGCUCAUGUUUGUCUAGUUUGCUUCCUAAUUUCUUUUCUUGGUACUUUCUGUUCUUGUCUAGUUUUUGUGCCUGUCUGUUUUCAUGUGUUCCCUGGCUUAUUUGUUUUCCCUCCCAUGUGCUUUUUUAGCACAUGGCUUUGUUUUUGUUGACUUGUCUCCACAGUAGCCCCGCUCUAGCAUCACCCCUUCGUUAUCUUCCCCAGGUGUUCCUAGUCUCUCUCAGUGUAUAUAGAGUCCCAUUGUUUCAGUGUUGCUGGCAGUGGUGGAAUAAGGUGAUCAGGACCCUUAGG